ACACUAAGCCAUGAGAGCAUAGCUAUUUUGAUCCACGACACAUUUUGAGCACAAUGCAUAAAAAAAAACAUUUUAUUCUUCCUUGACUGCACUACUACUAUAGCGUAUCCAGCAUGACAAAGGAAUGUAUAAAUUAUGGGCCCAUAUACCAGCAAAAUAGAUAGGCCAAGAGCAACGUGGAAAUUAUUGUCCCCAGACAAUUGGGCCCAAGAAAUGCUUUGUAGGAUCUGAUGUUGGAUACGCGCCUGCUACAGCUACAUGUAUGUUGUUUACUUCCUGAGAACUUUUAUAAGUUGAUUCAUUUGCUAAUGAGCCUUCGGGUAAAACAGACUGUCCAGCUAAUCAAGUUCCCAAGCCAUCUUUCCAGACUAUCAAACUUUGCACUUUAUAUCUCGCAAUCGAUUUGAGACAGCUCAUUGGGUCGGCGUUUGACCGUAUUGACUAGACGAAGACCAUCGAAGAGAUGAAGCUUGAAAGAAAGGGAGAGAGGGAUGAUGAUACGAAGGAUGCUGAACAGUUUCAGGACAAUCGGAAAGGAGAUGGUGCCAGACCAACCAUAGCGUACGAGGGAACUAAUGACGACGCCGCCGCCAAUAAGCGUUGGGCGACAAGGGGCAUCAUCAGCAGUAUAACGUCACAAUGGUUGACGCCGCUGUUCCGUACCGCCAAGAAACGCGGACUUCAUGAAGACGAUCUAUGCGGUAUUGCACCCGAGGAUUCAGCGCAGAAAAAUGCAACGAUAUUUUCGCGGUUAUGGGAGGACGAAAUCAAACAAAGCGGCGACGACGCGGUCAAAGCGUCACUCGGACGCGUAAUUCUGCGGUUCGUUUGGUGGCGUAUUCUUGGCAGUAUGAUAAUGGUUAUAUUCAGCCAAAUGACAGUAUUCCUUUUGUCGACGGUGUCAAUCCGCGGUCUUCUCCGUUAUUCCGAGGACGCGACCGCGCCGCUUUACCUCGGUCUACUUUACGCGGUCAGUGCCAUGCUCUUCACCAUUCUAUACAACCUCACACUGGGUUGCUGUUACUUCAUUGGGGCGAGGACAGGGGCGCGGUUGCGGGGCGGUGUGGUGGCGCUUCUACUGCGAAAGAUACUGCGGUUACGUGGUCUUCACAGGGCAUCGAUGGGAGAAAUUGUGAAUUUGUGUGUCAAUGAUGGAAACAGGCUCUACGAUGGCAUGGUCUUUUCACCUCUCAUUUUCGGAGCACCAGUGGUAUUUAUAUGCGCAUGCGUAUUCACUACGCACAUCAUUGGCAAAUCAGCUCUGAUUGGUAUGCUGGUCUACGUGCUUGUUUACGCAGCGCAGUUUGCGUUAACAGCAGGUAAGGUUGUCUUUCGUACAAACAUGAUGAAAGAGACUGAUAAGCGGGUCCACACUAUCAGCGAGAUGCUAACUAACAUCAAGUUCAUCAAGAUGUAUGCAUGGGAAGACUGUUUUGAGAAGAAGAUUAAUGAUAUUCGCAAAACCGAGUUACGAGCACUAGUUGGCCUAGGCGUCCUUCGUGGAAUUCAAAAGAGCUUCAACGUUCUGGUACCAACAGUAGCUGUAGUAUCCACCAUCAUGCUCAAACUCUUCCUUAAUGAGAGCUUUUCAUCAGACCAGGUGUUGACCUAUGUCGCUGUCAUCUAUAGCAUGCGUUCUAUGCUCACCAUGACACAAUUCGGUUUCCAAUUCUUGAGCGAUCUUCUUGUGUCUGUACGACGGAUCAAGAACUUAAUGAUUCAGGCUGAGGUGCUGCCGAUCGGUGCAGGUGUGACGGACCGGUCGAACGCGAUUGAGUUGAAAUCAGUGACAGCGACUUGGGAUGACGGCACAACAAAAAACGAAAGGGAGCAACGCGAGACACAACGGAAAAGUGACGGUUAUGAAACUUCGGACCACGUGGACCAUGAAAGCGACCCGUUGUCGAACUCCCCCGUAACACAUGCAUUGAAUGAUAUAUCAAUUGUAUUAAAAAAGGGAUCACUUGUAGGUGUGUGUGGGAGCGUAGGAAGCGGCAAAACCAGUCUGAUACACACCAUUCUCCAGCAGACUCGCAUUGUACAAGGAUCCGUAGCAGUAGAAGGGUCUUUGGCGUACACCUCGCAAGAACCUGACAUUUUCCACACAACAGUCCGUGAGAACAUCACCAUGUUCGGUGAUCCUCGUGAAGGUAGGCGAGAGACUGAAGAUGGCAAUGGAGAAAAGAGAUAUCGGGACGCAAUCAGGGUCAGUUGUCUGAGUGACGACAUCGCGGCGUUUCCGUGCGGUGAUCGCACGGAGAUCGGCGAGCGUGGCGUCAACCUGAGUGGAGGUCAGAAACAUCGAAUGAGUCUGGCUCGAGCUGUCUAUGCUGAUCGGGAUAUCUACCUGCUUGAUGACCCGUUGAGUGCAGUUGAUACAAGGGUGGCGGAACACAUCUUUACUGAGUGCAUUGCGGGUAGCCUCAAGAACAAGACGGUACUCUUGGUCACGGCAAACUUACAAUACUUGAGCAAAUGCGAUGAGGUGAUAGUCAUCAGCAGUGGACGGGUGAUAGAACACGGUACGCCUACUCAGCUCAUGGCUAACCAAGCCGAAUAUGCCCGACUUAUACAGCAGUUCGGAUCAGAAGACCACGCAAGAACAGCAGACGACUGCAUCGACGGAGACGGUGACAACGGAAAGAUGGAACCCAAAGGCCUCUCGGAGAAAUUCCCAGCGAAGCAUAUGAGUGAAGACUGUCAGGAUAAAACCAAAGAUGGGAAAUUGGUGAGCACAGAGACUCGUGAACAGGGCGAAGUCAAUGCACAGACCUACCUUACCUACUGCAGAUAUGCAGGGGGUGUGAUACCAUGUUUUCUUUCCUUUCUGUUAUACGUUUUAUCGCCGGCAAGUGCUGCAUUCAACAACUUUUGGUUAAGUUACUGGCUUACCAAGGGCAGUGGUGACCCUCAGAAUGGUACCAAUCCACAGCAAGACGAUCAACCAGAUAUUCUGCAGAAUCCUAAAUUCUGGUUUUACAGGGAUGUAUAUCUGUACAGCUUUUGCUGUGUGAUGGUAAUAUGCAGUCUACGCAUAAUUCAUUACGUUAUGAUUACGCAGAGAGCGUCCUUCAACCUGCACCGAUCACUCUUCCAAAAGGUACUCAGUUGCCCAAUGGAAUUCUUUGAUACAACUCCAUCAGGAAGGGUCCUGAAUCGUUUCUCUCGUGACAUCGACGAAGCUGACAACGAAGUUCCGAAUGCUCUCGAGACGGCACUCUGGACCUUUUUAAGUGUGCUUUCAGCAAUUAUUAUAGUCAUAAUUGUCUUUCCGUGGUUUAUCAUAGGUGUUAUCAUCGCUGCAAUUGUUUUUGUGUAUUUAUCUCGGAUGUUUCUACCAGCUAUUCGUGAUAUCAAACGUAUUGAAAAUAUCAAACGAUCACCACUCAUCAGUCACAUUAAAGCUGCAGUAGAGGCUCAGACAACCAUCCUGGCAUUUGGGAUGGAAAAGGGAUUUAUUGAAAGAUGUAACAAUCUUUUAGACACCAGUGCUGUUCCAAAAAUACUUUUUGUACUGGGGCAGCGAUGGUUGGCCUUCAGAUUGGACUUGUGCGUAUCAUUAGCCCAACUGGUACUUGGUCUUUCUGUUGUGUUCACACACAACACUACUGCUGCCGCUUUUGCUGGUCUUGCUCUUGCUUAUUCUGUACAGCUUCUAGGAACUCUUCAGUAUUCUGUGCGACUGAUCACAAUCACACAAGCCCGUUUUACAUCAAUUGAACGAAUCAUUGAUUAUGUUAAAAGAUUGAUAUCAGAACGAUGCACCAGUAAAGGGUUGACGAUCAAGCAGGGUUGGCCAAAGCAUGGAAAGGUCACAUUUGAUUCAAUUGAGAUGAAAUAUCGAGACAACCUUCCAGCAGUACUGAAGAGCGUUUCAUUCCAAGUUCAUUCUAAAGAGAAAAUUGGAAUCAUAGGAAGAACAGGAUCAGGAAAAUCAUCCAUUGCUGUCGCUUUGUUUCGUCUGGUCGAUAAAAUGUCGGGCAGAAUUCUUAUAGAUGACCUUGAUAUCAGUAGCAUCCCUGUCAGGGAGCUUCGUUCAUGUAUCUCGGUGAUCCCUCAGGAUCCAGUUCUCUUCAGAGGAACUCUCCGUUUCAACCUUGACCCCUACGAUCAGUUUUCUGACCUUCAGAUUUGGGAUGCUUUGGAGAAAACAUUCAUGAAGAAAAGUAUAUCUGGUAUCCAACGACAACUCCAAAUCCCUGUGAGUGAAAAUGGGUCAAACUUUUCCGCUGGAGAAAGACAGCUUCUUUGUCUAGCUAGAGCUCUCCUGCGGAACUCGGUGAUACUGUUCCUUGAUGAAGCAACUGCUGCUGUUGAUGUAGAAACAGACAACCUCGUCCAAAGUACAAUCAGAACAGCAUUUUCAAACUGCACAGUUUUGACAAUAGCUCAUCGUCUUCACACAGUCUUAGACUCUGAUCGCAUUCUUGUUAUGGAAGACGGUUUUGUCUUGGAGAUGGAUACACCAUCAGAACUCCUUGCCAACCCAGACUCUAGACUGAACGGAUUUUUGAGAUCAGGACAAAAUAAAAACGGUGAUAUGGAUGUCUCCUUUUAAUGGAUGCAACACAUUAUGGCUAUCAGAGUUUCAACAGGAAAAUAUAUGGCAGAUUUACUUAUUGAAUUUACUGGCCUUUUUGGGUGUUCUGGGUCAGUGUUCUUCUCGGACAUGGCCCCAGGUGCCCUAAUGCCUAUUUGGUCAGUGCCUUAGACUUGAGCAUGCCUUAAGGAUUUGAACCUUGAAAACCCAAGGCAGGGUAUAUAAAUUUUAGAUUUAUUUUUGUUGUGGAUAAUAUUAAAAGUAGUAGCAGAUGAAGUAGAAACAGUAGUACUAGAAGUAGUAGAAGGUUCACUCAGUUAUUGUAACUUGUAAUAUCACAUCUCAAUUAACUUACUACCAUAAGAAUACUACUACCUCUAUUAGUAUUACUACUACUACUACUAUUACUCAUAAAAUGAUUAUUAUGGUAGUCAUUAACUCUGGAGAAAUCAUUGCUUCCCCAUUAUCCUGGUCUGUAUAGUUUGCCCCAAAAGAUAUAAAUUGCAUUUUCCGUUUUCUUCAUUAUACUUGCCAUUCCAGUUCAGUGAACUUAAAAAUAGCUGAUUUUGUGGAUAACUCUCCCUUUUUUGUUCCCAAUUCUUUUAAGAUUUUCCCCAUUAUCUUUCGAAUCGCCUCUUGACACGUACUAGCACAACAUAUGCCACGGGAAAUUAAUUCACACCACUAGUAUGUCAAGGUUAGGAGGAGCAUGGACUGACUGUACUAGUACCAUAAAAUAUGUAAGAUAAAGGGAACAUCUGAAAAUUUGUGGACACAACCAAUGGAGAGUUGCCCGCAAAGUCGACCAUUUUGAAGCUUGUUUGUCAAUUUGAGGUGUCCUAUCUGCUUAUUGCAAGAACUUUCAAACUUCCUCAACUCUUUUAUUUUAUAACCGAUUUCGGUUAAACUCAUUUCAAAUUGUCCCUCUCAUUUUCCUUUUCCAAUAAGAUUGCUUCUCCCUUCAAGUUGUUUUAUGUCCUGUAAGUGUGAUAUGAUUAUCACUGACUUUAGGAUAGCUAAACAUCACACUGAAAAUCGACUUCUAUGUUUAUGCAUCUCUUCCGCAACGUUCCUAUCUUUAGGAGUGGACACAAAUAAAGAAUAGCUGAAAAAAAAGGUGAGUGUUGACAAAAAAAAUAUUGAAAGAGCUCCCAUACUUUUUAUACAGAGGAAACCUAAAGUGAUCUGAUAUUAAGCUGGAAAAAAAAUUGUUGUAUGGCUAGAAUUAUUGAAAAAGUAUGAAUUGAUGACUGUCACAGGCUUUCAUGAUGGUGGUGGUAGUAGUAGAUAAUUAAUGUGGAGCGUUGUGACCCAGUGGAUUGAAACCGAGGGUCGUGGGUUCGAAUCCCAGCCAUGGCGUAGUUUCCUUCAGCAAGAAACUCAUCCACGUUGUGCUGCACUCAACUCAGGUGAGGUGAAUGGGUACCCGGUAGGAAGAAAUUCAUUGAAUGCUUGAGCGCCUAGGCAGCUCAGCUAAAGCCGGGGUAAUAAUAAUAGCAGGGCCCGCUGGGAGAACAGUUUUCUGAACUAGAUGUGGAUACCCUGGGUAAAUAUAAAUACCUAUAUUAUUAUUAGUAUUAUCACUAAUGUAACUAUGAUUACCUUUUUUCCAAAUCACUUUUUACAUAUUCUUGUUUGUUUGUUUGGUAUUACAUUAACUGUUCUGUAUUAGUAACAAGAUACAUUGUAACCCUCUAUAUUGUUCCUCGAGAACUGAGAUCCCAGGUGUGUAUUAUGUGUUAUUAUCUUUGUUAAGGAUAUAAUUAUAAUAAUUUAUCCAUAAAAAUGUGUUUUUUGUAACGGGGUUAUUAUGAUUUACCAAUAAAGAGGUAAUGUGAUACAUGUACGUGCAUAUUUGGAAUGAUGAUAAAUUGAUAUUGGUAUAAUGAUAAUGCAUGGCAACGAUGAUGUUGUUGAUGCUGGGAAUAACGAUGUCGAUGAUGGUGACGAUGAUGAUAUUCAGGGUCUGUUUUGUGUUUAUUUAUUAAACUAAUCAGUUUGCCUAG